GUCGAUGUUGUGCUGUCGGUGGUAUCCAUCAGACUGUCGCGUCUCAAGAUGAAGCCUGCAAAGCGAUGGAAGGGAAGGUUCCAGACUGCAGGCUCCAGACCAAAGACUUCCUUCCUGUUUCGUUCCUUGCUUGCUUCCUUCCUUCGCUCGACUACAUCUCACCAGUUGUUCUUGCCUGGACGUGCCCUGUCAUGUGAUUCGUACAAAUGGCCUUGCUUUCUCUCAUUCUUUCUCUUGACGCAUAAUAUAUACACUCGUUUGUGUUUUGGUGUUGACAUUGCUGCUUGCCACGUUCCAAGGGUGUGGUCUGUGUACGGUAUCCAGGACGAUCGAACCUUUCCUCCCUUUUGAUAGAUUUGGUUUCAGAGCUGUUCUAUCAUCUCGACACUGGUCUAAAGAUGCUGGCCAAAAACUUGUUCGUUGUGGGCGCAGCUCUCGUCGCCAGUGCUUUUGCUCAGGGUCGACUUGCAUUUACAUCCACUCCAGGAACUGCAGUUCAAGGCUCGACAUACAAUAUUUCAUGGAGUGGUGGUGAUGGCUCAGCGGUGACAUUAACCCUUCGAAAGGGUGAUCCCAAUGAUUUGGAAACGAUCGGCAUUUUGGGCCAGAGCAUCAUGACGGAUUCAUAUGUGUGGGAGGUUUCGGACUCGCUUGAGCCUGACGAUGACUAUGCUCUUCAAAUCACUCAACGUCAGGACGUCAUCAACUAUUCGGGACUGUUCUCCAUUAUCGCAGGUAACUCGACGGCGGCGUCGACGACUACACCUCCCUCCAACAGCUCUUCGAGCACCACCACAUUCAUCGGCUCAUCGGCGGGCACGGGUACUGCGUUGCCACGAAACACGACUUUCAGCUCUCCAACUAUUUCACCCACGACUAGCCUCGAGCCCGCAGUCACCCAACACGAGACCCAAACCGAAAGCGUAGCCACGACCACUACACCCGCUGCCACUACUGCAGCUGGGGCUUCAGCUACGACAAGUGCACCCGUGGGUGGCAGUGCCGCACAGCUAGCCAGCUCAAUGGCAUUGGUCAUGGGUGUCUUUGCCGCCAUCAUGUUUAGCAAUUAGAGAUGAAAAGUUGGGCAACAUCAGACAAGCGAAAAGAGGUCAUGUCUGUCCGUACUGUCUUCUAGGUGGAGUGGAAUGCAGUUCUUGGAGUUGAAUACAAGGAUAUGGAUAUGAUAACUCACAACCAUGAGGUGUUGGGGUUGAUUCUGCAUACUGGAAACAUAUCAAGAGAUGAUUUGCAUUACGGUACAUUGAGCUAGGUUGGGUUACGGGCUGUAUCUAGUAAUAGGAUAAUGUCUGAAUCUGGAGAUGUUGAUCUCAAGUCAAGUCGAAUUGUAUCGUGCGUGUCGUGAGUUGUCACAUGAAUGGCAUGAGCUUAACAGAUAGA